AACAUUUCCAGAACCAUUUUAGCACCAACAUAAUGGACAACGAACACGGAUCCGAAUUGGGAACCCGGGAAUAUUGGGAGACCAGUUACAAUCGUGAGAUUCGCAACUACAAGAGCCACGGGGAUGUGGGCGAGAUCUGGUUCGAUGAGGACUCACAAACCCGCGUGAUCGACUGGCUGUUGAAACAGGAGGAGAUCGGAAAACAGUCGAAGGUCCUCGACCUGGGCUGCGGCAAUGGCAUGUUCCUCGUGGCUCUUGCCAAUGAAGGAUUCGACCAGCUGACCGGUGUGGACUACUCCCCCAAAGCCGUCGAGUUGGCCCAGAACAUUGCGCAGGACAACCAGCUGAGCAUCAGCUACAAGGUGGCGGACCUUACCCAGCCGCAGGAUGCUCUGGGUCAAUUUGAUGUGGUCCACGACAAGGGAACCUACGAUGCGGUCAGCCUGUGCCCGGAUAAUCCCAAGGAGAAGCGUGCUCUUUACCUGGCCACGGUGGAGAAGCUUUUGCGCACCGCCGACAGCCUGUUUGUCAUCACAUCCUGUAACUGGACGGAGGAGGAGCUGGAGGCGAGCUUUGCCGAGAAGUUUGUUAAGCACCACACUAUUCCCACACCGACUUUCAAGUUUGGCGGCAAGGUGGGCAAUGUGGUUACCUCAGUUGUAUUUAAGAAGGUUCAAUAAAGAAUUUUUGAGAUUUUGUACGUCGAUA